GAAUGACGUGUUUCCUGUUGUGAAAACCUGAGCAUGUCGGCACAUGUGUUAUGCCCGAAAUUGUUUACUUUUUCGUUAUUUUGAAAGGAUUUUUUGUUGCCAUUUAUACCCGUCUUUAAAGUUAAACUGAGCUGAGGAUUCGAGUCAAGACCAUGGAAGUGGACGGUCGGGAAUUCCUCAACACUCCUCCUAUGAAAACAGUGCGCUUCGGCGAUACUGUUGCCAACACGUUGGCUAAAUUUAAAAAGGGUGACAAAGGAGAUUACGAAUUACUCAAGCAUCAAUUGACAGACCCUGACAUAAAAGACGCUCAGAUAAUAAACUGGCUGCAAGAAUUCAGGACGUGUGUCACUCAGUUAAACAAGGACCACGAGCAACUUAUCUACGUUGUGUUGCGACUUCCUUGGCUGGGACGGAGUCAAGCUGUGGUGGAUGAAUAUCUGUCUUUCCUGAGCAACCUUGUAUCUGCCCAGACUGUGUACCUCAGGACUUGUCUUAAAAUAGUCGUCUCCAAUUUUACGCCUGCAAGAGUGCGAAUCCGGGAUGGCGAUGUGGAUAUUUCUGACUCCGAUGAUGACGAUGAAAAUCUCCCAAGGAACUUUGAGCAUUGUCAUCAAGCCUUACAAAUAAUUUCAAGAUAUGUUCCAUCAACAAGUAGAUUCUUGAUGCCAAUUCUCACUGAUAACUUCCCUUUUGUUCAGAAGUCUUCAAGAACUCUUGAGUGUUACGUUCAUAACCUGCUAAGAAUCACAGUGUACAUCCCAACUCUGCGACGAGAUAUCCUGGAACUCCUCAUCAGUAAAAUGCUGACACUGGAUGUGAGUGCGCCCCGUGCUGAAAUCGAGGACAUGGAAGAGAACGCUGAACAGAAGAGCAUGGAGGCAUCACAGGACGAGUGCCUGUUUGAUAUGGAUGAGGACACAGACUCAGGUCUGGCCCCCUCCCCUCCGGGCUGCACAGGGAUGGCCCACCCUGUGGCUGACCGCCUGGACAUACUGAUGGGCGUCCUGCUCGCCUUCAUUAAGGAUGUGUGCCACCAGAAUGGUGUGCUGGAGCUGGAGAGGACCAAAGCUCUGUACCGGGACCUGCUGGCUGUGUUUGACAAGCUGAUUCUGCCCACGCACGCCUCCUGCCACGUGCAGUACUGCGUCUUCUACCUCUGCAGCUUCCGCCUGGGGCUGGCUGAAGCGUUUCUAGACCACCUAUGGAAACAGCUGCAGAGCCCAUCCCAGCCGUCUGUGUUGAGACAGGCAGCCGCCGGCUACAUGGGCAGCUUCCUGGCACGCGCCAAGUUCCUGCCCGUACCCACGGUGAGGGCGUGUCUGGACCUGCUGGUGCCGUGGCUCCAUCUCUACAUCGACAGCCAGGACGCCAGCUCGCGCUCCUUCUGUGACGUGACGCUCCACGGGCCCUUCUACGCCACCUGCCAGGCCAUCUUCUACACGCUGGUGUUCAGGCACAGGGCCCUCGUGGAGGGUAACAUGAAGAAAGGGCUGGCGUAUCUGCAGAGCCUGAAUCUGGAACGUAUCGUCAUGUGCCAGUUAAACCCACUCAAGGCCUGCCUGCCCGCCAUCACCAACAUGUUUGCUGCCAUCACCAGGAAGUACCAACUCGUCUUUUGUUACACCAUCAUCGAGCGCAACAACCGCAGCACGCUGCCCGUCAUCCGGAGCUCAACGGGGGGCAACUCCGUGUCGGCCAACACCAACCCUCUGGACAGCUUCUUCCCCUUUGACCCCUAUCUGCUCAAGAGGUCAGGGAAGCUGAUUGAGCCCCAAUAUCAGGUGUGGGAAGAGCCCUCCGACUGCAUGGCGGAUGCCCCGAAGAAAGAUAUCAGAAAAGCCUCGGUGGAUGAGGAGGACGACUUCCUGCGCGGCGAGACCCCCCUGGACACGGUCAUGGGCAUGACCCCCGGCUCCUACGAGGCGCACCUCCGCAGCCCCAGCAGCGUGGGCUCCCCGCCGCUCGCCUUCCUGCAGCGGCCCUUCUGAACCGCCGGCCAGCAGGUGGCGUGAUGUGGUCAUCCCCCCUGCAGAACGCUCUCAGAGACGAGGGACGCGGCAUUGAAGGUCACUCUCAGCCCUAAAGCUCGGACCUUUGUGUCACGAAAGCUCCAGUGCAAUCCAUGCCGUGUGUGCAUGCACACAUGAAUGAAUGAAUGAAUGAAUGAAUGAAUGAAUGAAUGAUUGAAGGAAUGGAUGCAUGCAUGCGUAUGAGUGUGUGUGUGUGUGUGUCUGUGUGUGUGUGUGUGUGGGUGCUCACAAAUUUGUGUGUGUGUGUUGUGUUAGUGUGUGUGUGUUGGACACUAAACCCCUAUAGACAGGUUUUGAAUGGGGAGUUCUGAUGAAAUGGGCCUGUUAAGGACACAUGUCUCUCUGAAGUCAGGUGGCCUGUCUCUGCUUGAACAUGCCCGUAUGUCCCUUCUGUCCGCCCAAGGGAUGCUUUUACUCCGGACCGUCAUGAUAUUAUGAAGAGACAUGAAUGGGGAAAUACGGUACUUUGCUUUUCACAAGCACACACACCGGCCUGAAGCUGAUGAUCUCUGGCUCCGUUUCUGGAGCUGUGAUCUGCAAAACAUGUAUGUGAAUGUUUUACAAAUGGAUCUGUAGCUGUCCUCUGCAUCUGUGGUCACUAUGAUCACCUCAAGGACGUAUCAAUCAAGGGCAAAGGUUGUGUGCCGUGCUAUUUCUGGAAUCUCAGCAUCACUGAUAUGGAGUCAGGAAUCCCUUAAAUAUGGAUACGGGAUGAUGGAGUAGGAGUCGGAAAUCCCUUAAAUAUGGAUUCGGGAUCAUGGAGUAGGAGUCCGGAAUCCCUUAAAUAUGGAUACAGGAUCAUUCAUAAGUAGCAGUCAAGGCUGGUCCAUGAUCAGCACUCUUACGCUUCACUCCUGAUGUGUAGAGAUUCAGAGAUGUAGAUAAUGUUCUGUUGAACCCGAUACAGGUAUGAAUCUGGAUUGUUAUCUCGUAGAAAUCACAUAAUGGGUAAUGCUUUAUUUAUAAAUUGUUUAUAGUUUGCUGUUAAGGUUAACAGGAUGGUUUAUAGGACUUCAUUCAUUCUGUAGUUCUUGCAACGUUUAUAACAGAGUUCACUGUUGUUAACAUGACAAUUAAUAAGACAUAAUUGUUUUAAUGAUUUUCAUAAUCAAAAAAAUAUGUAAAUAAUGGUUGACAUUAUUGUCUACUUGUAUUUUCUUUUACAAGAUAUGGGAACUAUGAAUGUAAUAUAAAAACGUUGAGUUCGUUGUAAAUCCCAGACUUCAAAUCCCUGUAACAUUGGUUGAUAUUGAUCAGCUAAAAUAUUUAUUUACAAUGUACUUUUGGAUUUACAUUCAAAUACAAAUACUUUGAUGACUGUAAAUAAAUGGUCCUGGAAAAAAACCCUUCAUGGUGCAGUCAUCAUGUUCACAAUAACCUAUGGAUGUCUUCCGAUUGCAAUGUUCUGAUUUAUCUUAAUUUAUAGAUUCUGUAACAAAUGUUGGAU